CGCGUCCGGCGGCGCCGCUGGGGCCACUUCUCUCUGCUUCGUCUACCCGCUCGACUUCGCCAGGACGAGGCUGGCUGCCGACAUCGGCAAGGGCCCAGCUGAGAGGGAGUUCACCGGCCUCGGAAACUGCAUCUCCAAGAUCUUCAAAUCCGACGGCCUCAAGGGUCUUUACCUCGGGUUCAACGUCUCAGUACAGGGCAUCAUCAUCUACAGAGCUGCUUACUUUGGAUGCUUUGACACAGCAAAAGGCAUGCUGCCAGAUCCCAAGAACACACACAUCUUCAUCAGCUGGAUGAUCGCCCAGACUGUCACGGCGGCAGCAGGUAUCGUCUCGUAUCCCUUCGACACCGUCAGACGUCGCAUGAUGAUGCAGUCCGGACGUAAAGGAGCGGAUAUUAUGUACAAGGGCACAAUUGACUGCUGGAAGAAGAUCCUCAAAGACGAGGGAGGACGGGCUUUCUUCAAGGGGGCCUGGUCUAACGUGAUCAGAGGCAUGGGUGGUGCCUUUGUGCUGGUGCUGUACGAUGAGAUCAAGAAGUUCACCUACUAAGCACACACUCCCAACUCUUUAGGGAACCCCCUUCACUUUUGUUUAGGUCUUAAUUUUUAUUUAAUUUUUUGUGAUACGGUGACACCGACCCGGUGAAUUUAAGAAUCUGGGUGUGUAGGCUACCUCUCCUAUGCUGAGGUAGGACGGAUGGGUGUACGCCUUAUCAGAAAUGUGUAAAUAAAUACCAUCAGCCUCCUGCGUAAAGGCAGUCUCAGUUUUAACCAGCUGAUGGACACAAUGUGAUGACACAGACUAUGAUACAGGCCAAACGCUCCUCACGUUGGUAUCAAGGAGCGGCCGAGGCCCCUAUGAUAUGCUGUGACUACUCUGACCCUUGUAUUCCACCUUAAACAUUAAUUUAUUGUGAAUAAAGUCUCAUUCUAUAAUCCA